AUGGAAAGACGCGAUAACGACCAGAAUUCGACAAUACCUUACACUCUGGAGUUGGUGUUUGGCAUGAAUUCAAAUCUACCACUGGUGAACUUGAGCACGCCCAGCCGAAGCCUCGUCGCGUACGCGUGCUCCCACGUGGUGACGCUCAACUACUACGACCCCGUACAUUACCAACAUCAGUUUUAUCUCAAGGGCCACUUCGACUGCGUGCGAACUCUGUCGUGCGACUUUUACGGCCAACGGCUUUUGACGGCGGAUUUCGGCAUCGAGCCCAACGUCAACGUUUGGGACGUUGAAACGAGGUCCGUUAUUUUCAACGUAUUUCGACCGCACGGGGACGAAAGAUUGAUGGCCGCGUCGCUGAGCCCCGACUCCAGGUACAUAGUCACAGUUGGAAACGAGCCCGUUCAAUUUCUCAAAAUAUGGGAACCCGGAAGUCCGGGACAUUUAGUUUGUAGGGAGUUGCCGGACACGAGCUACGCGCGGGUGAACGACGUGUGCUUCAGUAAAUGGUACCCGAAUGUUUUCGCCCUUACGUCGGAUCGGUUCGUCAUAUUUUGCGUCUACGAUUUUCAACACUUCAGGUUGAACGUCGAGCGACCUUUAGUAGCGAAAAUAUGCCGGCAGACAAAAUGGUUGCGCUUGUACAACACCACGUACUCGUCCGUGUCAACGAAAGCUUUCACGGGAACUGCCGAUGGGUACGUAUUGGUCUGGGAUCGCACAUCCGUGGACUGCGGAAUGCGGAACGUGCAGACUCCCUUUUUGCAAAAUGCAGAGAUCACGAGAAUCGUGUCGAACAAAGGGUUAUUUUUUUUGCAUAUAUUCCACGAUGCUGACCGAAUGUUUUUUUUUCCUCUUAAUCUUGGAAACAUGAAAAAUGCGCCGAUUCCCGUGAUAUCCAGACAAAAUUUUGUUUUUGAAAAAUUCGUGUUAGGCAAACACAUAGAAAUGGCCAGCGUACAUUAUAUUCCCGUGGUUGACGAGUUCAUCGUAGCCACGGCGGAUGAGAAAAUCGUGCGGAUGAAUAUGCAACCAGGAAAAGGAUACUGUUUCAUUCAAGACUGUUUCCAUUCGACACUCACUGCCAUGGAUGCGGAUCCUCGAAGAGACUACGUCGUCGCGGCAGAUAAAAAAAGAACGAUUUACCUGUUGAACUACAACAAUGGAACAGUGACGUUGAGAACAAAAAUUCCUGCCGCCGUAAACCUACACGAAAUUUACAAACAGGAGCUGGAAAAAAAAACUUUCAAUCACACGUCCGUUACCGAAAUCCCUACGGUUAAGCCUAUGGUGGGCGACGGCCUGGCCUCGCACGCCUCGAUUCUUAAAUACUCGCCCACAGGGGACGUUUUAAUAUGCGCCAUCGAAAACUACCAAAACCCCCUGGAAAACGGAAGUUUUUGGGUACUGGACCCCAAUAUACUGGAUCCCAUAGAUCUGAUCCCUUACAAGCACACGAAUGGAACGAUAUCGAUCAUCGCGUUCUCAGAGUGCUUCGACUACAUGGCUCAUGGCGACGACAGCGGAAAAAUCGCCAUUUUCAAGCGUAACGCCAAAUUCAUAGCCCGCACGAACAAUUACUUUUCAUUCCUGGGAAAGCUUCAAUCCCACGAUGAUCGCGUACUCCAUGUUCUGUUCGGCCCGUCCAAGAACAACCCUCGUCUACUGACGUUUGGCAGCAAAGGGGAUUUGGUUGAGUACAACUUGCCCGCGAGUGGUCCCUAUCCGAAUCGAGGAUUGGUGGUCACGAAAACGAUCGUCAAACAGGAUGAGUAUGUUCCGCGAUGCGUGGCCUGGUACCCGCGUUUCGGCGGCGAAGAAUUUUUCCUUACUUCGAACUCCGACUGUAAAUUCAAGUUAUUCGGCGCCACGAACCAAACUGUGCAGGCCACGUAUUUGGGACCAAUUUUCGAAACUCCCAUCAAAAGAAUGAUGGUGAACCGUUCACUGACCCCCGAUAGUUCGGCUUACAUGAUAUUCGCCACGAAUAAAGAAAUUGGCCUUCAAUUGCUGCCCGUAGACGGAAACCCGCAUAGAGUGGUAUCGGUGUUUGCGCAUCCCGGAAAGAUUUCGUGGAUGUGCGUUAGCCAUUGCAACAAGUACCUCUUGACUGUUGGCUGUGGCGAUUUGUGUAUUCUCAAAUGGAAAAUCAAUUUCAACUCUGUGCACGUUAUGCAUGAACUUGGGGGUACCGAGUUAACGCCGUACUACGAACUUAUCAGCGGCGGAAAAGACGGUUUUCUUUUCGAGGAGUUGCAAAAGGUUUUUGUUUACUCGCAAUUGAAGAAAGAAAAAAACACCAUGGGCCCACGGAAUCUUGAUGGUUACGUGCCCACGGAUUAUUUACCAAAUCUCAUGAGAGCCGUUGGAUUUUACCCGUCGAAAAACGAAGUGAAGAAUUUAAUGACCGAAGCUAAUCUCCUUAACCACGAUAAAGCCGGCAAGAUGGUAAAGAAAGUCGAUUUCAAGGAUUUUUUUAAACUGUACGUUAAUCACCGGCCGACCUAUGGAGUGACUGAAAAAAAAUUGAGGGAGAUUUUCUGCUUUCUCGCGAGUUUUUACAAAUCCGAAUGUAAAAGCGUAUGUAGUUUGAAGAAAGAUUUUCUACUUAGAAUUUUACUCGGGAUUGAUGAUGACGAAUCGGUGACUCUCGCGACAAGAGCCCGAGAUCAAUUGAAAAUGAUGAUGUUUGGAUACGCAACAACGGGUCUCGCGAGAGAAAUAUUACAACAGGAGAGCGAGGAAAAAUUCAAGGAGAUCGUCAAUACACUGCCGGAAUGUUUAUGUUACAAAGAUUUCGCCGCUAUUAUUUUGGGAAUCGAAUGA